UUAGUUAUUCUUCACGGGCUCUUUGGAACGAAACGGAACUGGCUUUCGCUGUCGAAGGCGUUUGCUAGGGACCUGCAGCGUCCGGUUUAUGCACUUGACCUACGAAACCAUGGAACCUCGCCACACGCUGAACCCAUGUCAUACGAAGCUAUGGCUUUGGAUGUUCUGCACUUCUGCGAGAACCAUUCUCUUUCCAACAUCUCACUGCUUGGACAUUCGAUGGGCGGCAAGGUAGCGAUGUCGCUCGCACUUUCGCCGACACUUCCGUCCAACCUGCUAUCGCACCUCAUUGUCGCUGAUAUCGCGCCCUCGCGUGGUGCACUCUCGAAAGAGUUCCAAGGUUACAUAACUGCCAUGCGGGAAAUCGAGGAGAAAGCGGUGAUGACCCGCAAAGAGGCGCAGGAUCUCCUCACGCCAUACGAACCUGACCCCAUGACUCGCGCCUUUCUUCUUACCAACCUCGAUGCGCAUUCGAUUCCGAUGAAGUUUCGCAUUCCCCUGAAUAUUGUUGGCCCUUCUAUCCCCAAUCUCGGCUCGUUCCCUUAUGAAUCUGGAGAAACAAAAUGGAACGGGAAAACUUUGUUCAUCAAGGGAACCAGGAGUAAGUAUAUCAAUGAUCGUAAUAUACCUCUGGCGGGGCAAUUCUUCCCGAAUAUGUCACUUGAAACAUUGGACGCGGGCCACUGGGUUCAUGCAGAGAGACCGAAUGAAUUCAAGAAGAUGGUGGUGAAUUUCAUCAAAGAUCCCUAA